AUGAUAAGAAUUGCAUGCUACAUAUUUAUAAUAUUUUUGACUGGAAUUACAACACUACCACUGCCAGAAAAACAAAACGGACAAUGUCAUCAUCUUUGUGGUUAUUUGUUUUGGCACCGCGCAGGAAUAUGUCAACCCUCAGGACGUUGCUUAUGUUGGUGGGGAUGGACAGGUCCGAAUGGAGUUUAUAUUGAUGGCGGAGCACUGAAUAAUAGAAUACUAGCAGAUUAUUGUAUUGAACCAUGCCAUUUUACACAUGACUAUAGAAAUCCUCACUGUAUACUUAAAGGAUCUAAAACCUCGACGGCUGGUCCGCAGACAACAACGACAACACAGUUAACCACGACUGCAAUAACAACUACCGAGCAACCAACAACUACCACUACUACUACCAAGUCACCAACAACUACUACAACAACUACCGAGCCACCAACAACUACCACAACAACUACUAAGCCACCAACAACUACAACUACUACUACCGAGCCACCAACAACUAGUACAACGACUACUGAACCACCAACAACUACUACAACAACUACAGAGCCACCAACAACUACCACAACAACUACUGAGCCACCAACAACUACCACUACUACUACUGAACCACCAACAACUACUACAACAACUACCGAGCCACCAACAACUACCACUACUACUACCGAGCCACCAACAACUACUACUACUACUACCAAGCCACCAACAACUACUACAACAACUACUGAACCCCCAACAACUACCACAACCACCACUGAACCACCAACAACUACCACUACUACUACCCAGCCACCAACAACCACCACAACAACGACUGAACCACCAACCACUACUACAACCACAACUGAGCCACCAACAACUACGACAACAACUACUGAACCACCAACAACUACUACAACAACUACUGAACCACCAACAACUACCACUACUACAACCGAGCCACCAACAACUACCACUACUACAACCGAGCCACCAACAACUACCACUACAACUACCGCGCCACCAACAACUACUACUACCGAGCCACCAACAACUACCACUACAACUACCGAGCCACCAACCACUACCACUACUACAACCGAGCCACCAACAACUACUACAACAACUACCGAGCCACCAACAACUACCACUACAACUACCGAGCCACCAACAACUACCACUACAACCACUGAGCCACCAACAACUACCACUACAACCACUGAACCACCAACAACUACCACAACGACUACUGAACCACCAACCACUACUACAACAACUACUGAACCACCAACAACUACCACAACCACAACGGAGCCACCAACCACUACAACUACAACAACUGAACCACCAACAACUACCACUACUACAACUGAGCCACCAACAACUACUACAACAACUACCGAGCCACCAACAACUACCACUACAACUACCGAGCCACCGACAACUACCACUACAACUACCGAGCCACCAACAACUACCACUACAACCACUGAGCCACCAACAACUACCACUACAACCACUGAACCACCAACAACUACCACAACGACUACUGAACCACCAACCACUACUACAACAACUACUGAACCACCAACAACUACCACUACUACAACCGAGCCACCAACAACUACCACUACUACAACCGAGCCACCAACAACUACCACUACAACUACCGAGCCACCAACAACUACUACUACCGAGUCACCAACAACUACCACUACAACUACCGAGCCACCAACCACUACCACUACUACAACCGAGCCACCAACAACUACUACAACAACUACCGAGCCACCAACAACUACCACUACAACCACUGAGCCACCAACAACUACCACUACAACCACUGAACCACCAACAACUACCACAACGACUACUGAACCACCAACCACUACUACAACAACUACUGAACCACCAACAACUACCACAACCACAACGGAGCCACCAACCACUACAACUACAACAACUGAACCACCAACAACUACCACUACAACUACCGAGCCACCAACAACUACCACUACAACUACCGAGCCACCAACAACUACCACUACAACCACUGAGCCACCAACAACUACCACUACAACCACUGAACCACCAACAACUACCACAACGACUACUGAACCACCAACCACUACUACAACAACUACUGAACCACCAACAACUACCACAACCACAACGGAGCCACCAACCACUACAACUACAACAACUGAACCACCAACAACUACCACUACUACAACUGAGCCACCAACAACUACUACAACAACUACCGAGCCACCAACAACUACCACUACAACUACCGAGCCACCAACAACUACCACUACAACUACCGAGCAACCAACAACUACCACUACAACCACUGAGCCACCAACAACUACCACUACAACCACUGAACCACCAACAACUACCACAACGACUACUGAACCACCAACCACUACUACAACAACUACUGAACCACCAACAACUACCACAACCACAACGGAGCCACCAACCACUACAACUGCAACAACUGAACCACCAACAACUACCACUACUACUACCGAACCAACAACAACUACCACUACAACAACUGAACCACCAACAACUACCACUACUACUACCGAACCACCAACAACUACCACUACAACUACCGAGCCACCAACCACUACCAUUACUACUACCGAGCCACCAACAACUACUACAACAACUACUGAGCCACCAACAACUACCACAACCACAACCGAGCCACCAACCACUACAACUACCGAGCCACCAACAACUACCACUACAACUACCGAGCCACCAACCACUACCACUACUACUACCGAGCCACCAACAACUACUACAACAACUACUGAGCCACCAACAACUACCACUACAACUACCGAGCCACCAACAACUACCACUACAACAACCGAACCACCAACAACUACCACAACAACUACCGAGCCACCAACAACUACCACUACUACAACCGAGCCAACAACAACUACUGAACCACCAACCACUACUACAACAACUACUGCACCACCAACAACUACCACAACCGCGCCAACGACGACGACAAGCACUACUCCUGGGAUUGUUAUUGAUUAAAAACUUUAAUUACACGUCUGAA